UCUAAAUAAGCAAAUCGCGUAAGUUUCUACCUUAAAUCUAUAUGCAUUAGGUUAAAAAAAAAAAAAAAACGCUGAUUAAUUGGAUUCCGGCAGCGGCGGAAAAAGGAGGCAAGAAAACCUGGCUACAGUCAAAAUCAGCGCCUCUGUCCUUGAAAACCUCUCACCUUUCCUCAUCUCUCGACAUUUCUCCCUCCGUGGAAUCAAGCAGACGAAGAUGGGGAGAAUCUCUGCGACUCUCUUCUUCUCUUUCCUUCUAAUCUCCUCUGCAUACUCCUUCUAUCUUCCUGGCGUGGCUCCUCGUGACUUUCGUAGGGGUGACUUCCUUUCUGUCAAAGUGAACAAAUUGUCAUCUACAAAGACACAACUUCCAUAUGACUACUACUACUUAAAAUAUUGUAAGCCUGAUAAAAUUGUGAACAGUGCUGAAAAUUUGGGGGAGGUUCUUCGAGGUGACCGCAUCGAGAACUCUGUAUACAAUUUUGAAAUGAUGGAAGAGCAGCCGUGCAAAGUGGCUUGUCGAAUGAUACUUGAUGCUGAGUCUGCUAAGAAUUUUAAAGAAAAGAUUGACGAUGAGUAUCGAGUUAACAUGAUUCUCGAUAAUCUUCCAGUUGCUGUACUUAGUCAAAGGAGGGGUGCCAGUCUGUCAACAACUUACAAACAUGGUUUCCGUGUUGGGUUCAAAGGAAAUUAUGCUGGAAGUAAAGAGGAGAAAUACUUUAUCAAUAACCACCUUAGCUUUAGAGUUAUGUAUCACAAGGAUCCUGAGUCAGGCUCUGCUCGAAUUGUUGGAUUUGAGGUUAUUGCAAACAGCAUCAAUCAUGAGUACAAGGAAUGGGAUUAUAAUAAUCCCCAGGUGACAACAUGCAACAAGGAUACCAAAAAAUUGAUUCAAGGUAGCACCGUUCCACAAGAAGUUGAUUCAGGCAAGGCAAUUGUGUUCACAUAUGAUGUUACCUUCAAGGAAAGUGACAUUAAAUGGGCAUCUCGAUGGGACACCUACCUACUCAUGAAUGAUGAUCAGAUCCAUUUUUUCUCCAUCAUAAACUCACUGAUGAUUGUUGUCUUCCUUUCUGGCAUGGUCGCCAUGAUCAUGAUGAGAACUUUGUUUGGGGAAUCUGUUCAGACUGAAAAGAGAUAUCUUUCGCACACGCAUGACAAGUAUGUAUUGAUCUCUGUUGUUUUCGAUGACGACCUAUGGAAGAGCGUUUGGUUCAGGGCACGUCUUUCACAUCAGAAAGAAAUGUCCUUAAAGGAGCUUCGAAAUUCUCAUGGCGAUGGUAUACUUCUGCAGCCCAUUAAAACACUUGAUUAUACAAAAGAGUCUGGAACUGCAUUGACCGGCUCUACUGUUUAUAUAAUUGGGGGCCGAACCGAUUUCAAUCCAGUUGAAGUAAUAUAUGCAUCUGAUCCAGAUUCCCCAGAUUCUGACGAAGACGAGGGUUUUCUAGCUUUUGCAGAUAGAUGGGAAAAACUUAUAGAAGAGCGGGAAGCCUCAAUAGAUGGAAGUUAUUUUAUGCACAACAAAGUUGAGGCCUUCGAUGCAAUGACCGGCGACCCUAUCAUCAUUCCUAACAUGAACAGAGAAAGAAAAUCCUGUGCUGCUGUCUCUUUUAGAGGAAAGAUUUAUGCAUUUGGCGGAAUACAUCCAGGUCCGUUAGCCCCUGCACACCAACUUGAUGUAAGAUAUUGGGGUGAGGUAUAUGAUCCAGAUACUUUUGGAUGGAAAUUUAUCAGUGCCCCACCCUCGGAUUUGCUAACUGAUGAUCCUUUGUUUGCUGUGCCUCUAGAAGACAGGGGUUGCAUUUUGUUGUUCAAUUACAGCUUCUUCAGCUUCCGCUGUCGGUACUAUCCUGCUACUGACUCUUGGGUUGGUGAGUACAGUUUGGAUGAUAUGAUUGAUGAGUACAGUUUGGAUGAAAGCAGCACAAUGAUUACAACGGGCGAAAAGGGCACAACAAUUGAUGACUGGUUAUUGAAUGAAAGUUCACUAAACUUCACAAGGGAAAUCACCAAGUCCUCCAGCUUCAUAAGCUAUAAGGAUAAACAUCGAAAGUGGGGAUGCUUACCUGAAAUCCGAAAUUGCCUGGUUUAUAAUAACGUCGUGUAUUGGUACAACUGCUAUUGUGGGGAUAUUUAUGCAUAUGAUCCAUCCAAUUCACAGUUGCUAUCGGCACAUAUUUUGUGUGAUGAGGAGGAAAUUAUACCUAGCACCAAUCAAGAAAAUUUCACUUCAGGUCUCCCGAUUCUGGUCCAUUUAGAUGGUCCUCUGUUCUCUUUGGUCUGUCUGGAGGCAGAUAAACUCUACUUCACCAAAUUUACUGUCUUAAAAGAUAAAGAUACACAAGGCCAAGAUAUCCUCAAAGCUACCUAUGUGUCUUUCCAGUUUUCCCGCAUUGAUGGUCAUGCUGCACUUAUAGAAGCCAUCGCAAUAUAAGGAUAACCAGCCCAUCUUCUUACCUCACACCUUACGAUUGCACUAUUAUCUUAAACUUUUUAUAAUCAACAAAACAUGUGAUCUGGAGGAGAUGAGCGAGUAUUUGGAGGCUGUUCAAACUUAUUAUUAUUUUAGUAAUCACCGGAAAAGCUUAACACUCUAGUUAUACAGUGUUACAUAUAUUUAUAUGGAAAUGUAAUUGGAAAUGCUUUUGUAAUACUAAAUUUGCUCUGUCUGUGUUAUAUGCUUGCAGGUUUUACUCCAA